CAGAGCCAGUCCAGCCCACUCCUCCAUAAAGCCCUGACAUCCCAGGAACCAGCUGAGGCAGGGCAGAAUGGAGCGGAGACGCAUCACCUCUGCAAGACGCUCCUAUGCCUCCUCCGAGACGAUGGUCAGGGGCCUGGGUCCUAGCCGCCACCUGGGUACCGUCCCACGCUUCUCACUGUCUCGGAUGCCUCCUCCACUCCCCACCAGAGUGGACUUCUCCCUGGCCGGGGCGCUCAAUGCUGGCUUCAAGGAGACCCGGGCCAGUGAGCGUGCGGAGAUGAUGGAGCUCAAUGACCGCUUUGCUAGCUACAUCGAGAAGGUCCGCUUCCUGGAACAGCAAAACAAGGCGCUGGCAGCUGAGCUGAACCAGCUUCGAGCCAAGGAGCCCACCAAGCUGGCUGAUGUCUACCAGGCAGAGCUGCGGGAGUUGAGGCUGCGGCUGGACCAGCUCACUGCCAGCAAUGCCCGGCUGGAGGUUGAGAGGGACAAUCUUGCACAGGACCUCGACACCCUGAGGCGGAAGCUCCAAGAUGAAAACACCCUGAGGCUGGAGGCAGAGAGCAACCUGGCUGCCUACAGACAGGAGGCAGAUGAAGCCACCAUGGCCCGUGUGGAUCUGGAGAGGAAGGUUGAGUCGCUGGAGGAAGAGAUCCAGUUCUUGAGGAAAGUUCAUGACGAGGAAGUUCGAGAACUCCGGGAGCAGCUGGCCCAACAGCAGGUCCAUGUGGAGAUGGAUGUGGCCAAGCCAGAUCUCACAGCAGCUCUGAGAGAGAUUCGCACUCAAUACGAAGCAGUGGCCACCAGUAACAUGCAAGAGGCGGAGGAGUGGUAUCGGUCCAAGUUUGCAGACCUCACAGACGCUGCUUCCCGCAACGCAGAGCUGCUCCGCCAGGCCAAGCAUGAGGCUAAUGACUACCGCCGCCAGCUACAGGCCUUGACCUGUGACCUGGAGUCUCUGCGUGGCACGAACGAGUCCCUGGAGAGGCAGAUGCGCGAACAGGAGGAGCGCCACGCGCGGGAGUCCGCAAGUUACCAGGAGGCCCUCGCUCGGCUGGAGGAAGAGGGCCAAAGCCUCAAGGAGGAGAUGGCCCGUCACCUGCAGGAGUACCAGGAUCUACUCAACGUUAAGCUAGCUCUGGACAUCGAGAUCGCCACCUACAGGAAAUUGCUGGAGGGCGAGGAAAACCGCAUCACCAUUCCUGUACAAACUUUCUCCAACCUGCAGAUCCGAGGGGGCAAAAGCACCAAAGAAGGGGAAUCCCACAAAGUCACAAGACACCUCAAAAGGCUCACAAUACAAGUUGUGCCAAUCCAGGCUCACCAGACUGUAAAUGGAGCCCCGCCAGCUCUUGAAACCAGCCUGGACACCAAGUCCAUGUCAGAAGGCCACCUCAAGAGGAACAUCGUGGUAAAGACGGUGGAGAUGCGGGAUGGUGAGGUCAUUAAGGAGUCCAAGCAGGAGCACAAGGAUGUGAUGUGAGGUGCGCCCACCUGGCGCCCCGACCCCCCUCGCCACACAGUGUGAGAGCCCAAAGCUCCUCCUCAGAUAGUCUUGUUUUCCCUGCACAAGUCUCAACCACGUUAGCACUCCCCGUCCUUUUGUUUUUAUGACUGUCUGCUGCCCUAGGCUCCAUUAGUACUGAGCUUGACAGAUGGCACAUGCCCGGCACCUCCAACUAACAGGAUACUCACCCCAAAGGGGCCGGCAACUGGGUUAGAAUUGGAAGGAAAGACAGGCAGGGCAGGGAGACUUAACAAAUCAUUUCCUUCACCCUUGUUGUUAUGGAAACUGUUGCCAGAGCUGGAGGUCUCCGGGAACUGGACUUUCGAGUUUCCAUGGGCUGCUGGAGGAAGACAGAAAGUCAGAGAGAAAGGGAGAGUCCCCAAGGCAAAGGAGCUCUAGCCAGAGAUGGACACAUCCAGAAUAACCCUGACCGAUCUAGGAGAGGGUAGGGCAGACCUGCUUCUCGGAGUGGCCACUGAGGCAGUCCUCAAGGGCCCUCCAGAGUGUCUCAGCACCACUGAGCAGCCCUGCAGGUCGACCGCCCAUGAGCAUGUGGACACUCGGUUCUCAGCACUUGGCGGGGGCGGGGGUGGGGGUGGUCUUUAGCGUAAGUGGAGAGGGAAGUAGGACUGAGAGGGGUAGAGGUGGGCUGCCUGGCCUCUAAGUGUGGCUGCAGAGAGGUCAAGCCCAGAAAGGCUCCCGUCCUCAGGCUGCAGGGGUGCCGGUAGUGGAACGAGAGUCUUCAGACACUGGAGUUGGACGCUGUAGGCAAUUACGCUUGGCUCUGAGUCCUGGGAAGCAAGGAAGUGACAUUCUCUUGAGGACGCUGGGGAGAGAGGGACUUCUGUCCAGUGGGCGGGGUGCACCUGUGUCUCACUUGUGAAGGUCUAUUCCUGGCUGCACAAUCCUGUCACUCCGUAUGACCGCUGCCUCCCAACCCUCACGAAACCACAACCAUCCUCCUGAGACUCUCCAUCCCGCAAUUACUAGCUGCUGUUCUCUAAGCCAAGGGCCUGUGCCCUUUCUUAUGCGUAUACAUAACACUAACCUAUAGUUCUUGGCAUCACCCUAUUUGACAAUUUGAGAAACUGAGGCACGAGCCAAGUAAACUGGCGUACUCAAGCAGCCUGGAGGCAACGCCUUCAUGACAGAGCACUCUCUCUGAGGCUGAAUUGUGGGCAGGUGAUGGGGAAUUGUGCCCAGAGAUGGGGCUGAAAGUGUCCAUUCCAUUGUCCUUUCCUCCCUUCUAAGGUCAAAAAAGGGAAAGUGGGUCCCCUCCCUCUUCCCAAGACACUGUACCCUCUCCUCCCACUCCUUGCCACCUCUGCUAACCUUCAGAGCAGUGCUCUGACCUUCACUCCCUGGGGAGAAAUAAAGACACAUGCUGUAGCCUUC